CCCACCUGCCUCUCUGUCUGAUGAAGGGUGCCCUCCUGGAGAUCAUCCAGCUAGCCUCCCUGGACUCGGACCCCUGGGUCCUCAUGGUUGCCGACAUCCUGAAGUCCUUUCCUGACACGGGAUCACUCAACCUUGACCUCGAAGAGCAGAACCCCAACGUUCAAGAUAUUUUGGGAGAGCUUAGAGAGAAGGUGGGUGAGUGUGAGGCGUCCGCCAUGCUGCCCCUGGAGUGCCAGUACCUGAACAAGAAUGCCCUGACCACACUGGCCGGCCCACUCACGCCACCUGUGAAGCACUUCCAGCUGAAGCGCAAGCCCAAGAGUGCCACGCUGCGUGCCGAGCUGCUGCAGAAGUCCACGGAGACAGCACAGCAACUGAAGAGGAGCACAGGGGUGCCGUUCCACGCCAAGGGCCGCGGGCUGCUCCGCAAGAUGGAUACCACAACCCCACUCAAAGGCAUCCCGAAGCAGGCGCCCUUCCGGAGCCCCACCACUCCCAGCGUCUUCAGCCCUGCCGGGAACCGGACCCCGAUCCCGCCAUCCAGGACCCCCUUGCAGAAGGAAAGGGGUGUGAAGCUCCUCGACAUCUCCGAGUUGGGUGUUGUGGGUGCCGGCCGUGAGGCCAAGCGGCGCAGGAAGACACUCGACGCAGAAGUGGUAGAGAAGCCGGCCAAGGAAGAGACAGUCGUGGAGAACGCUACCCCAGACUAUGCAGCUGGCUUGGUGUCCACACAGAAACUCGGGUCUCUGAGCAGCGAGCCCACACUUCCAUCCACCAGCUACCUGCCUUCUACACCCAGUGUGGUACCUGCGUCCUCUUAUGUCCCCAGCUCUGAGACUCCCCCAGCUCCAUCAUCCCGAGAAGCCAGCCUGCAGGGCAGCCGGCCACCUGAGGAGCCCAGUACUCCGAGCCCCACGUUGCCUACACAGUUCAAGCAGAGGGCUCCCAUGUACAACAGCAGCCUGGGUCCUGCUGCACCGGCACCUGCGGCGCCCACCUCACCCCUGACGCCCACCACACCCCCAGCCGUGGCCCCUGCUGCACAGACGCCUCCUGUGGCCAUGGUGGCCCCCCAGACCCAGCCCCCUGCCCAGCCCCAGCCUAAGAAGAACCUGUCCCUCACACGAGAGCAGAUGUUCGCUGCGCAGGAGAUGUUCAAGACAGCCAACAAGGUCACACGGCCCGAGAAGGCCCUCAUCCUGGGCUUCAUGGCGGGCUCCAGAGAGAACCCAUGCCAGGAGCAGGGGGACGUGAUCCAGAUCAAGCUCAGCGAGCACACAGAGGACCUGCCCAAGGCUGACGGCCAGGGCAGCACCACCAUGCUGGUGGACACGGUGUUCGAGAUGAACUACGCCACAGGCCAGUGGACACGCUUCAAGAAGUACAAGCCCAUGACAAACGUGUCCUGAGGGCUGCCAGCUCUGGCCUAUUUAAAACUUAGUUCAUUUCUUGGGGUGUUUGGAGCUUAUUUUUUAUAUUUUACCGUGGGUUACUUUUUGUGUGAUCAAGAUACUUUUUUGGAUUCAAUAUUAACAUUUUUGAAUGUUAAAGUUAACCAAAAAUGUAACUUCCUAAUUCUA